AUGUUGGGCGAUCGCUCCUGUGCAGAUCCACCAACUGGCGGCCACGCCCUGCGCCACGCCACUGGUCUUCAGAGCCUGCCCAGCCAGCUAAACGGGCAGGAACAGCACUCGAAUCACCGCCACCACCACCGCGACCACCAUCAACACCAACCCAGGUCCGCUUUCCUCGACAAGGCCGAUUCCCUGCUCCUCGCGCGGUCUCAGGCUCCCACAUUUUCCACGCCGCGCACAGCAGGUGCGACUCAGGCGAACCAGGCUCGCCAGGCCGCGCCCCCUGCCACUUCCUUUGGUCUCACCUCCCCUUCUUCCCGUAUUUAUGAGCAGCCCCCUCCCCGACGCUCUCGCCCAUCGCCUGCUUUUGCUCCUCGUCAUCUUCCCGCCGUUUCUUCUUCGCCCACUUUCGUUUCUGUGAGUCCCGUCAUUCGCCAGGUGUCCAGCCAGUCCGAGUCAUCUGUCUCCUCCGAGUCUUCUCACGACUCAUCGCCGCCCUCGCACUCGCGCACCCAACACGCCGCCGCCUCACCACCCUUACCCUUUCUUCCUCCGCGAUCUCGACUUCGACCUCAGUCUGCAGUCAACAGCAGCGCCGAUCCACUCGCUUCGUUUCCACCGCCGGCUCCUCCCAAACCCGCCCACUACAGCGUCCACAACCACCGGCGACCGCCAUUUUCACCACUUCCGCCUCCACAGGAUAAGGAUAAGGAUAUCACCAGCCGCUCCACAUCGCCACCGUCCUAUACCUCGAGGCUCGCUUCUUUCGCGCGCACCUUUAGCCCGCCUCUUCCGCCGCGCCCGCUGAAAAAAGCCGUGGGCUCGUCCUCCUCCUUGUCGUCUCAUCGCCAACACAACCAACAUCCCCGAACCGCCAAAAUGGUGUCUUGUGGACGUGUCGUCUGCGUGGCCCUGCCUUUUGUGCUGGCUGUCAUCAGCAUCGCGGCCCUGCUUGUGGCCGCUCUUGCCGGUGUCGCCGACAAGAACCUGUACAUGUUCGAGGUGAACACCACUGCGCUGUCUGUCAGCCCCGCCGAUGCGGUAAACAUUCUGAGUAGCCGUGCGGUGUCGAACGGCGCUGCUCUGGACACCCGUGCUGCUGCCGUCCCCAUUGUUGCCGCCCCCCUUGCUCGUGCUGCCGCGCCCGCGCCAGUCGGCUUCCAUGACUCCUCCGUCGCCCGUGCUUCGGUUGGCUUCCACGACCCCAGCCUGCUGACCGACAGCGGCAAGUCCGAUGCCAACUCCGCCACCUCGGGCACGACGGAUGGUGCCAGUGAGAAGGCCACGACCGGCGGCGUGCCGUCAGGCAACAUCACCGCUGCCGACCUGGCCCUCGGCAACCUGUACGACAUUGGCCUGUGGAACUACUGUGUCAAGGAGCAGAACGGCACGCGCACCUGCUCCAAGCCCGAGUUCAACUGGGCCGAGAAGACGCUCAACAACUCGGAGAACUCCGUCACCACCCUGAUCAGCUCCACGGGCACCGAUCUGAAGAUCCCCAAGGACAUCACCAACGCCAUCAAGGUGUUUGGCACCCUCGCGAAAUGGACCCAGGUCGUCUUUAUCAUCGCCUUUGGCGCUCUGGCACUGGAGAUUAUCUUUGGUCUCUUCACGGCCUGCAGCCGCGGUGUUGCCUGCGUGACCUUCCUCAUCGCCAGCAUCACGGUCAUCGCCGUCGUCGGUGCUGCCGGCCUGGCGACCGCCAUGUCCAUUGUUGUUGUCGCCGCGAUCAAGGCCGAGGCCAACAAGUACGGCGUCGAUGCCUCGGCCAACUAUCGUUUCCUGAUUGCCGUCUGGAUCUCGGCCGCCGCCGCCAUCGCGGCCUCCUUCUUCUGGAUGUUCACGGUCUGCUGCUGCAGCCCCGAGAGCCGUCGUGACCGCUACCCGCGCCACCUGGACGACAAGUCCAUCCCGCCGAGCUCGGCGUACCAGCCGCUCAACGACCCCAGCAACGGUGGCAUGUACAACAAUGCCAACGCCUACGCUCCGCAGUACGGCGCCCCGCGUGCGGGCAAUCGUUCGGAUCUGGCCUACGAGCCGUACUCGCACUCGCGCGUGUAA